AUGGUUGCUGAACAUAUCAUGGUUUAUAGGAACGGGAACUAUAUCCGAGACGCUCUGAACGGCUAUUUUUCCAAUCAGAAGGGAUCGGAUAAAGAAGGAAAAGAUUCAUCAUCAUUUACAGGAGCUGGAGAUUCUGGAAAAAACGAAGCAAAUAUCUUUACAGAAUCCAAUUCUAAUAAGAAGUUAAUGAUGAUAGAGCCCAAAACUAUCGUACCUGGGUUUUUCAAAAGGUUAUUUGCCACAACUAAGAAGAAGGAUAAUUCAUAUGAAAUCGAACAAAACCGGUCGUGUGAUAGUGCCAUCAAUACGUUCAACUCGCUUUUGGAAGAGGAAAACAGUCUGGAAGCAUUGGUUGGAAAAGCGUUUUCCCUCAAUACUGUGGUGACCAUACAAUCCAUCGAAGAUGAUGGAAAACCCAACCUUAUACUCAGCGGCAGUAUACCGUUCAAGCUGACUACCAAGGAUGGGAUAGUAAACAAAAAGGUUCGCGUCAAGGGGAAGCUCUACAGUCCCAGGAGGGGAGAAGAGAACACAACUGGAGCGGAUGACAAAUCUUAUUCGAGUACGCAAUCAUUGAUCAGGAAGAAGGUGAACGAGCAGUUCAAGCACGAUGCCAGCACGAUAGAAAAGGUUAAAUGGCUCACGAGUCAUAUUUUUACUCAAGAAGAGUACAAAGAAAUUCGCAAUUUGCCCGAGGUAAAGACAGUGAGGAACAAGUGGUUAGAAAAAAAAGAUGGGCAUGAGCGGAUAAAACAUGUUACCGACAUUGAUGAAAGAUUAUCUAGUUCCAAUAUCAUCGAAUUGGGACAACUAAAAUGCGACCAGAGUUCCGUUCUCGCUAAUGAAGAUAAAAAACCAAAAGUACCAGUUUCGUCGAUAACAAUCAAAAGGUCCAAGUCACGCGUUAUCAGGUUCACGGACGGGUCGGACUUCAAGGAGAAGGUGGGCAGGAAUGUGAUAACACUGACAGCUCCGGAGGGCGUCCUGUACAUGGCUGAAGACAUGCGAGAGGAGUCGUGCUGCGCCUUUGGGAGGGAAAGGAGAACAAUAGAUGUCAAUUGCGAAGAUAACAUGUUCACCCGAAGGUGUUUUCAAAUGGCCAAAGAGGAAGAUGUAUAUGCCUUGUCGCGCUCUUUAAACGAUCCGAAGAGGUCGGAAAAUGGAAGAAAUAAGAAGAUAGAUCGUGAGGUAAAAGAUUUAGACAACAACAUUUACUAUCCCCCUGGCAACUAUAGCCACAUCCUCGCGGACAGGUACAAUCCUCUGACUUGGAUAUAUCAGAACUUCGAUAAAACAAAGAGGUUUGUUCAGGAAUUUAAUUGUUGA